CAAAUGUCGCAGAACAGGAAGGUCACUUUGGGAACACACAAAAUCUCUAAUGGCGCUUCUUUCAUGCAAAUUCUUACCUUCUUUAUUUUCUUUUAAAUUUUUUAUUGGGGAGCAGCGACUUGUCAUUUUGUAUUCUGUGGAGAGUAUUAACUGUAUUACCAGUUUUAUUUAUUUUUUUUCUUUUUCGUACUGUUCAAUGCCAAUUGAUGCAGCAGUUCAAAGCACAAGGCUCAAGCCUGUCUACUGUGUUCCUUCCUUCCUUCCUUCCGUCAGAUUCUUUGCUCUCUGUUUGGUUCUUGGAAUCUCAUUCAAAAGUGUUUGAUUCCUUCUCACUGGCACUCCCGCACUUCUGGUUCCGAGUUUCAAUUCCAUGUGGCCAACCUUCCAGAACACUUUAACUGCUUCAACUUUUUUUAUCUCCCGGAUUAACCGCCGGGUUUGCUGAAAGCAAAGGAAAGAGAAACGUUUGCUGCAUUUGGCCAAGAGGCUGUUUUGCUCGCAGUAGGAAUUUAUCAACGAUACCGGAUCAGGGGUUACACAGAAAACCACAGUGACUUUAGGUCUGUGAAUGGAUGGGAUUAUCAAUAAGGAAUAAGCAAUCAAAGCAAAACGCGAGAGAGAGGAGAUGAGGGAGGAAUCAACAGGACUGAUCAUUGGGAUUUCAAUAGGCGUUGUUAUUGGUGUCGUUUUGGCUAUUUCUGCACUUUUCUGUGUCAGAUACCAUAGUAAGCGCUCGCAGAUUGGGAAUAGCAGUUCAAGGAGGGCGGCCACGAUACCCAUCCGUACAAAUGGUGCUGAUUCUUGUACCAUGUUAUCAGACUCAACCUUAGGCCCAGAAUCUCCUGUUAAGUCUGGACGUAGUGGCAUGUCCUUCUGGUUUGAUGGCUUUAAGAGAAGCAACGUCGUUUCAGCUUCUGGAAUACCCGAGUAUCCUUACAAGGAUUUGCAGAAGGCCACAGGUAACUUUACAACUCUCAUAGGACAAGGUGCAUUUGGUCCUGUAUAUAAAGCUCAAAUGUCUACCGGCGAGACAGUUGCAGUUAAAGUUCUUGCAACUAAUUCUAAGCAAGGAGAGAGAGAAUUUCAUACAGAGGUAAUGUUGCUGGGAAGGCUGCACCAUAGAAACCUGGUUAAUUUGGUUGGAUAUUGCGCAGAGAAGGGACAGCAUAUGCUUGUAUAUGUCUAUAUGAGCAAAGGCAGCUUGGCUUCCCACUUGUACAGUAAAGAGAAGGGAGAAAUGAGCUGGGAUUUGAGGGUUCACAUAGCUCUAGAUAUAGCGAGAGGCUUGGAGUAUCUUCAUGAUGGGGCAGUUCCUCCGGUAAUCCAUCGAGAUAUCAAGUCUUCUAACAUUUUGCUAGACCAGUCCAUGAGAGCCAGGGUUGCUGAUUUUGGACUCUCAAGAGAAGAGAAGGUGGACAAACAUGCAGCCAUCCGAGGUACCUUUGGGUAUCUAGACCCUGAGUACAUCUCCUCGGGAACAUUCACCAAGAAAAGUGAUGUGUACAGCUAUGGAGUGUUGCUUUUUGAACUUAUAGCAGGCAGAAAUCCUCAACAAGGUCUAAUGGAGCUAGUCGAGCUGGCAGCGAUGAACAGCGAGGGGAAAAUGGGGUGGGAGGAGAUAGUGGAGUCAGGAUUAGAAAGUGAAUAUGACGUGCAGGAGCUGAAUGAAGUGGCAGGGCUUGCAUACAAAUGCAUAAAUCGUGCCCCAAGGAAGCGACCAUCCAUGAGAGACGUCGUGCAAGUGCUCACAAGAAUCCUUAAAACAAGGCAGAGUAAAAACCGUCACAGGAAGGGAUUGUCUUUGUCUACUACCGCAGAUGAAGUCUCCAUUGAUGUGGAUCACCCUGAAGCUAGGAUUCACCGCAGAGAUGAAUCUAUGGAUAGUGCACCUGACACCUAUGAUGUGUAGAAUAACAAUGCUCUUAACUUCUUUUCUGGGUUACUUUUUUUUUUUUUUUUUUACUUUUCAAUUUUGGGUUUUGCUGUCAUAUAUAUGUGGUCCUCCUAGGCGAGUCGAGUUUAAUUUUGGGUUUUAUGGCAAACCUGUUUAUGCCCUGCAUUCUCAACUGUAAUUUUCUUUUUGUAACAUGUUCCUUUUUUGUGAAUUUUGUUCAUUUUACCUCUUUGGGUUGUUUUGGAAAUAUUACGCUCUUAAAAUAUUACCUCA